AUGCUCAUCAACAUCAAGAAGACUAAAUAUUUAGUAACAUCAAAGGAACCGAUAGAUCAGCUGGAAAUCAACUCCAAGAUAGUCAAACAAAAUAACAAAUACAUCAACACGGAAAGCAGAGUCAAGAUAUAUAAAACGGCAGUGACACCUAUAAUAACAUACGCAGCAGAAACAAGACCAGAUACAAGCAGAACUUUACAAAUGAUGAAAACAGUUGAAAUGAAGACCUUAGGGAGCACGCAAGGCAAAACUCUUGAAGAUAGAGUACGAAGUGAGGACAUCAGAAUGCAAUGCGGGAUGCAGAACAUAGGAAGAUGGGUGAGACGGAGAAGAAGAUUCUGGAACAAACAUGUAGAAAGAAUGGAGGACAACAGACUCGCUAAAAACGCAAAAAUGAACAAUCCAGUGGGAAGGAGACCGCAGGGAAGACCACCAAAGCGCUGGAGAGAAUGCUGGACCUCAUCCUCCGGGGAGGACGUGUUGACAAUGAGCAGGCAUUAG